CCGGUUUAGAAUUCACCGGGGUCCUUACAGUGCGGAUUAGAGAAGCUGCCGGUUUUGUACGCAACAGCAAUAUCGUUAAUUUCUUCUCCUCAGACAAGUAUAACCAGUUUUAAAUAUGUCUGGCAGAGAAGGAGGCAAAAAGAAACCCCUGAAGACACCCAAGAAACAAUCCAAGGAAUUGGAUGAUGAUGAUGUGGCCUUCAAGCAGAAGCAAAAGGAAGAACAGAAGGCCUUGGAAGCAUUGACCAAAGCUUCAGGAAAAGGACCUUUAAGUGGUGGUGGCAUCAAGAAAUCGGGCAAGAAGUAAAAUCUGAAUCUGACAGUGAUUUUUAUUUGGUCCCCGGCCUCGCUUCCUGCGUCUUCAUUGUUUGUAUGCUUGCUGAAAGACUCCAGUUAGCCCUGUUAAACAUGACCUUGGUGUUAAGCUCCUUCAGCAGUGAAAAUGUACAGAAAAAGCAUUUAAUAAUUUCAGGAUUUCAGGGUCAGGAAUAUCAGUUACCAGUUAUGCCUGACACUGAUCAAAAUCUUCAAAUGCAUUUAGAAAUGAAAG